GGAAUGCAAACGCACCCAAGGCGUGUCCACUACCGACCUCGUCGGCCGCAUGCUGCUCAUGACCAAGGCCCACCACAGCAACAUAGAUGAGGACCUGGACUAUCGGAAGCACACCGACAACUUUGGGAAGGGGCCCAAAGGUCACAGUCCCUGGACGGGCGUCUCGCAGUUCCUACAGACCUCUCAGAAGAUCAUCCAGUUUGCGUCAGGGAAGGAACCGCAGCCGGGAGACACCAUCAUCUACGUGGCCGGAGCCUUUGACCUGUUCCACAUCGGGCACGUGGAUUUCCUGGAAAAGGUUCACCAGCUGGCGGAGAAGCCCUACAUCAUCGCUGGGCUGCACUUCGACCAGGAGGUGAAUCGCUACAAAGGGAAGAACUAUCCCAUCAUGAACAUCCAUGAGAGAACGCUGAGCGUCUUGGCCUGCAGGUACGUCUCGGAAGUGGUGAUCGGAGCCCCCUACGCUGUCACGGCUGAUCUGCUGGAUCACUUCAGG